GUGAGCUCCAUCCUCCGUCCGUCUUCCAUCCAUCCAUCCAUCCGACGUCCUCACCACCCACCCAGAGAACAGAAGCAUGAACGUGGACACAGCGCUGUGGGGGGUCCUGGUAGGUCUGAUCCUAGCCAUGGCUGGGGUGGGUCAGUGUCUGCAGGAGGAGAGGGGUGUGGAGAACAACAAUCUGCCGGGGGAAUCAGCAGAGGUGCUGGCACUGGAGCACGUGGAAGGGUUUAACGAGUUGGACGAUCGUCUCCUAGCCGCUGUGAUUCACUCUCUGCUCCAGAGAAACACCAGGAACCCCUCCGUUCUCCACCAGCCUCAGAGGUUUGGUCGUGACAGCAGAGGAGACUUGAUGAUGGGGGACAGGAUACAGUCCAGAGACUGGGAGCAGGCUCCAGGACAUAUCUGGGGCAUGGCUGUGCCGCAGAGAUUUGGCAAGAAAUAGGCUUUGGUUGAGACUCAACAUCUCACUCACAUCUCUGCUGGUAAUAAAGAAUUUGGUUCAACACCCAGCAAAAAUAGGUUGAAAGUAAAAUAUGGACUCAUACAUUAUCCAGUAGAUAAAUGUUCUUUCUCCCUAACCUGCUGAGUUCCAUUCCAUUAAGCUGUACAGAACUAGGAGAUCUUGCAACCUAGUAAAAACCCACCACUUCUCUCAGAUUUUAGCAGUGCUGAUUGGUGCAUAUUGGAAAUCUGGGAGAAAGUUGAAA